AUGGAUAAGUAUGUAAAAGAAGCAAAGACAAUGGUCAAGGGUGCCAUCGAUAAAAAGAAUAGUAGUCCACCAUUGAAUAGCAGUGGUGAAACAGCUACACCAGGUUCACCGCCACCAACACCACAAAGACUCAAUUCGAAUCUCUCAAGAAAGGAAUUGAAAAAGGUUACCAAAAGAAAAACACUUGUACAUCCUGUAUUCUAUAUUAAAUUCUUUAAGGGUGUUUUUACUUUUAUUCAAGGAUCAUGGAUUGCAAUUAGAAAUCAAAAGAUUAUGGCAAUGUAUCUACAAACCAUUAAAUUUUUACUGAUCGGUAUUGCAGCGACCUAUUUCAUGAUGAUUAUGGCUACCUUCCCAAUUAGAGUGAUCCUGGCACUCCUUGAGAAGCUUGGAUUCCAUUAUCUCGAGAAAGUAACACAUGUAAUGUCACCAUUCACAUUGUUUGAGAAGAUUGCAUUCUUUAUUCCAAUGAUUUUCAUUGGUUUCCUUAGAUAUGUUCUACCAAGUUUCAAUGAGGAUAUGUUUUUCUAUGUAUUAGAAGGUCAAAACAAAGAAUUAGCAACAUUCCUAAGAAACUCACCGAUCGUUAAACAAUAUCCAAUGUCAGAGUUUUUGUGGAGAUUCGGAAAGUUGGCAGCAUCUGGUGCUAUUGUUUAUUUGUUAUCGCUACUUCCCUAUGGUAUCGGUACAUUCGCGGUGGCAGCAUCGCAAUUCCUCUACAGCAAAGAGCCACUCGGUAAUGGAAUGGCAUUCGUGCUAGCCGUAGUAUCACUUCACCCAGCGAUGCACGAUAUCUCCAAACACAUCUUGAAGGCACUGAUGGCCUGUUACUCAAUGGGUAAGGAACUACUCGAAGUCUACUACUGUCGUGUACCCGACGUCAAACAAGAGGUCUAUGUCAACCGUCGUUAUUUUGGAUGGUUAUUCGGAUUCUCAUUGGCCUGUACUUAUAUUCUUGCAGUACCAUACGUUGGUGUAUCUAUCUGGGGUAUCACCCAAGGAUCUGCAAUGUCUUUUCCAACUUCACCUUAUAUAAAUGAAAACAAUAACAAUAAUAACAAUAGUAAUAGUAACAGUAAUAGUAAAUCAAUAUUUCAUCAAAGAUCAAAUAGUCUACCUGUAACAACAUCAACUUUAACAAAUAGUAAUAGUUUACCUUCUUUUCAUAGUUAUAAUAGUAGUAUUAUAAAUAGUCCGCCCAGUAAUAAUAGUAGUAGUAGUGGUAACAUUGGUGGUAGUGGAGGUAGUUAUAGUAUUAAUAAUAAUAUUGGUCAUCUUAGAAGAUCAUCGUCACAGUUAUUUCAACAACAUAAUUGUGAACCAUUCGUAUUCGCACAGAGCUUGACAUCAGUAUGUCUAGAUCCAACGGCACCACCAACCAAUGAAUGGAAACCGGAUGAACUAAUCAUACCACCGGUAUCUGCAUCGAUUCCACAGAUAUCAACUCACCAAUUUCAGUCAUACCUCAACAAGAUAUCUCAAGUCUAUAGAAUAUUUAAAGAUAACGAACAAAAAGAUUUAAUACCAACAAAUAAAAAGACAUCGGAAGAAAUCAUUAGUUUAGAUAAUAUACCGGAAUUCUUUUUUAGAAAGGAGUUGAAUAAGAGUCAAAUAUUAGAGUAUGCAAACAACGAUCCUUCACCUAUUAUCUUUCAGAAACUGGAGCACUACUCAACUAUUAUCGAAGAGAAUAUCGUUGGUAACAUUAGAGACAAGUCACAGUCGUUUAAGAAUAGAACACAGGAUACUCUGGCGCUACUCUCUCUCGUCAACGAAGUGAAACAAGCGCAACCAACACUCCAGCUGCUACUCUCAAAGGGUGACUAUGGUGGUGCACUCGACCUGAUAGCAUCGACACAGUACGCACUCGAGAAUGACCUCGUAACCAUUGGUGCACUCAAGAAUAUCGGACCACAACUAUCAGAGAUGAUCAAGCUAAUAGAGAAAAUGUUGGAAUCUGAUUUUAUAAAGAUUGCACUCAAUGAUCAUAACUUUAAUAUUGAUAAUAAUAAUAAUAAUAAUAAUAAUAAUAAUAAUAAUAAUAAUAAUAAUAAUAAUAAUAAUAAUAAUAAUAGUAAUAAUAAUAAUGACAGUGGUAUAGAUGAAUUUAACGAUAUGAUUAGACCAAUAGUAGCGAAUCUUCUUAGAAUUGGAAGAGUUGGUGAAGUUUUAGAAGCGUUUAGAGAGGCUGCAGAUGAAUCUGUACGAAAUUUGUUUAAAACUGUUGUAUCUACAGUUACCUUUGAGUUGGAUGAAAGUAAAGUCAACAAUGGUCAACUUCAACCAAUGAAAUUCACAUGGGAAGAGUGUAAACAGCGACUUGUAAAGCUAUCACCUAUCGAUUCAAUACCACUAUUCAACCGUGUCAAUCAAGAAUUCAAAAGAAAGAUGAUUACCAUAAAAAAGAUACAAUACGAGCUCGUUGAUAUUAGCUAUUCAAAAUAUAAUAAUAACAGUAGUCAAGAUAUUAAUAAUUAUAAUCAACAACAACAACAACAACAACAACAACAACAACAACAACAACAACAACAACAACAAAAAAGUAUUCAAUCAAAUCAAAUAGAUACAAUUAAAGCGAUAUGUAAUAAUAUAUUGAUAUCUGUAAAUGAAACAAUGCAAGAGAGACUGGCAUCUCUGAUAAAAGUUAGAUCCGAUGUCAACUCCAAGUUGGCACUGCCCGACUUUGUGUCGCUCACACAAAAGAUCAAUGAGUUUAUCGAAUUUUCGGAAUCAACGCUAUCGGUCUCCAAGAAGAAAGCAUCGAUUCUCAGAUCCACUCAGCUCACGCAAUCCAAGCAAUAUCUAGAUACUCUUCAUAAGAACAGAUUGUCAUCGCUGUCACUGCUGCUCGAGAAUGAGGAAUGGGUACCGGUUCAAGUCGUAACAGAGUUCCAAAAUAUCGUUGAUGCACUGGUCGACCAAUCUCUUAGUUCAACAUCACCAAUCAUGACUGGCCAGACACUUGACGACGACCAGCAGCUGGUCUCGGCGAAUGCUGCCAACCAGUCGAUCGUGCAAUCGCCAGUCAUACCAAACGAUAUUGGCAUCAACGAGAUCAUUUCUAUCAGCGGUGAGAAAUUCAAAGUUGGUAACACCUCGCUGAUGCUCCUGAAAUUCAUUAAAGACUAUUUGCAUUGUGUGGAGGUUCUACCGUCGUUGGUGAUCGACUCCAUUCCGAAACUGAUCGAACUUCUCAAUACAUUCAAUGGAAUCACCUACCAGCUAGUGCUGGGUGCCGGUGCCAGACAGACCAUGAACAUCAAGACAAUCAACUCGAAGCAUCUCGGACUGACAUCACAGUGUCUUAGCUUCCAAAUCAAGCUGAUUCCACACCUCAAAACCAUAUUACAACAUUCACUCACCUCCAAGAGCCAAUAUCCACUGCUGAGUGGAUUUGACAAGACCAUCCAAGAUUACUCAUCACACAGAGGUGAGAUUUUCCUAAAGUUUGUUGCUAUCCUAAAAGAACGUUCACUUAUACAAUUUAAAGCACUUAGUCAAUUGGAUUUGAAAAAUGAUACAAUACCUAUACCAUCACCACCAAUUGCAGCACUUCAAAAAGAUUUCGCAACACUUCACAAGCUUUUGAAUAAUCUAUUGCCACCAGACCAGAUAUUCAAGGUAUUCACCAAUAUCUACUAUAUGUUAAACAACCUAUUCAUUGAAAACAUACCGAAAUUGGAGUUGGGACCAAAGUCUGCUCGGCGAAGACUACACAACGAUAUCUUACAUUUCUUGGCAUCACUACGUAAGCUACCGAAUACAGGUGAUCCUGGAACAGCUAUUGAAGACUUUUUGCAAGCACAUUUCCCAAUCUAA